ACGGGCAAGUCUUUCGCUUUUAUUCUGAAGGGCGGAAGUGUGUCGUAGUUCGAACUGGAAAAAAAUACUAAUGUUCGGCAGUAUUUAGAAGGAGCGUUAUGAAGCCAGGCAAGAGUCACUCCUCGAUGAAUCGUACCUAUAAAUGAAGGAGUUUCUACACGACGGAGAAGGCUGAUCAGUUACCAACAACCUACGUGUCUGGGAAAGCCAAAAAUUAUGUCGGCGAUCAAGGUUGCCCUGCAGCAGAGCCAGAAGAAGGGCAAAAGGAAAACCUCCGAAGCAAUGUCUGCAGAUGUGUCACCAGACUCCAAAUGCCCCAUCUGUUUGGACCAAUUUAACAACAUUUCUUACUUGGACGUCUGCCUACACAAGUUCUGUUUCAGAUGUAUUCACGAGUGGUCCAAAAACAAAGCCGAGUGUCCCCUGUGCAAACAGUCCUUUAACUCAAUCUAUCACAGUAUAAAUUCAGAGCAAGACUUUAAGAAGUAUGACCUGCAACCGGUGGAGAAUGCCUCUUUCGGCACUUUCGGCGGCGUGCGGUUUAGAUACCGCACAACUCUUACCGGAGUCCAUCGACAGAUGCGGGGAAGGACCUCUCCACCUCCAGACAAUGGAGUAAUGUUUGAAGCCUCCUCAAACCCUCCCCAACAACCCCAGGACCGCUACAUGCGGCGGGUGAUGAUGAGGUUGGCGGCCAAGAGGAGGGCCGCGAGUGAAGGCAGGGCAGUGAACAGUCUCAGAGAGCAGGAAAUGGUCAACUUCAGGAGGGAACUGUACCGUCAGGGGGUGAAGAUUCGGAGUGUCCGGGAUGGUGGCCGCUCCCGAGACACCUCGGCCGAGUUCUUCCAAAGAAAUCCUGCCUGCCUGCAUAGACUGAUCCCCUGGCUAAAAAGAGAACUUGUUGUGUUGUACGGCGCCCACGGCUCUUUGGUCAACAUAGUUCAACACAUCAUCAUGUCGCGCAUCACGCGUUACGAUAUGGAGGAUGGAGCUAUUCAGGAAGAGCUGAGGCCGUUCCUGCAGGGGCGCACAGAGCACUUCCUGCACGAGUUCAUCAGCUUUGCAAAGUGUCCUUUCAAUAUGGAGGCCUACGACCAGCAUGCCGUCUAUGACUGCCCGGCCGCGUCGUCCAAUGAAGACAGCAGUGCCAGUUCGUCCGUGAUCGCUAUCUCAGAGGAUGAGGAACAGUCGGUGGAGUUGAACCCUCCCGGAGACUCCACAUCUUCGCUUAGCCACUCUUUGUGGGAUGAUGAGACGCCCGGGCCGUCGUAUUCUACAACGGCAGAGCAGGCCCGGGCAGAGUGCCUCGCAGUCCUCGACUUGGACUCCGACAGCAGUUUAGAGGAGGAGACACGCGAGUUCAGGGCCUCUCCGCAAGAAAUGAGUCCUCACAACCUGCCAGACGAGACUUGGGGUCCAGUUAAAAACGAAGAGUCUCCGUCUUAUGACAGCGAUGACUGUGUCAUUAUAAGUGUCGUUAAGCCAACAGCUGACAGGACCCCUGAGCUGGUUCAGCUGUCUUCUGACUCUGACGAGUCUGCCAGUGAAGACAUUAAGGCAGUGCCUCUUCUACCUCAACACAUCCGCUUCUCUAGCCUCAGUCCAGUGGUUUCCCAGAGUAGUGAGCCAAGUGGUGCAGGGCAGUCGGAAAAUGCAGAAACGGACCACUAUCAAAAGAUGGAUUCACAAACAAGAUGGAGCUCUUCGACAUCUAGCAGACACAAGAGAUCCGGAAAGUCGGACCGAAAAGAAAGAUCCAGGGAGCGGCACUUGUCAAAGGGCAAAGACCCUAGGAGAAAGAGGAGGUCACGAAGUGCAGAGCGCACGCACUCUAGCAGGAGCCCGGUGAUCUCCCACAGCAGCGUCAGCAACCUGUCCAGAGAAAGAAGUCAUUCCUACUCCAGUGGCCGAAACGACUCCAAAUGUGGCGUUGAUUACAGCAGGCGGUACAGCGAAUAUACCCAUCAGUCACACAGGCGUUGCAGCCCAGAGAGAAAUGAUAGCAGGAUGCAUUACACAGAGACGCGGUCCUACUAUUACAGCAGCCGCGAGUACAGCGAUCGGCGCCCUCGCUCCAGGAGCCGCAGCAGGGACAGGAGUAACCGGGGCACGAGGCCUUCUCCUUCUCGGGCUUAUUCCAGCAGUCGCUCCCCUUCAACGAAACGGAAAUCUCACAACAAGCCUGGGGGAAAAAGGAAAUACAAAACGAGACAUUUGGAGGAAACGUCCAAAGACGCGAUUCCAAAUGCUGAAGGCGACGUCCCCAUUUUAUCUACAAAACACAAAAAGAAGAGCCGGAAAAGGUCCAAAGACAGGUCGAUGAAGACGAGCAGGAGCCUCAGCGUGGAGCUCGUCAACGAUGAAAACGGCCAUGAGCGAAGCAGGCGUCACCACAAGAAAAAGAAAAAACACAAGAAGAAAAGCAAAAGGCACAAGAGUAACGAACGCACCGGGAAGCACUCGCCGUCUGUCAUUACCAUCGAGAGUGACAGCGAUUAUUCUGCUGGUGACAAUGUCAACCAGGCCAGCAGCACUGACAGGGACGAUCCGAUCCGCAGUACCACUGAGGACCCAGCUGGCCCCGCUCCCCCAGAUUUGUAGUUUUAUGGAUUUUUUGAUUCCUGAUAGUCUGAAAACAAUGUUCAAUAUGUUGGAGACCAGCAGACCUUGAAGGAGGGUGGUAAAUACACAAAUCUUGAAAAUUGUGUAAGCCGAAAAUGGCUUCCAUGGUGACAGUUCUUUGGAUGGUGGAAAACACAACUUUGCUAACACUUAAACACUUAAAAUAAUUUUAUUUAAUGUGCAAAGUGCCACAAUGAACAGCCAAAUGGACUUCUAUUGGCGUUUCCACAUCUUUAAGUGUCAGUUCUUAUUCAGGAGCAAGUAAUUUUCUCUAAUAGUUUUUAUUUCUACAGUGCUCUCAGGGAUGAUAUUGAUUACAGUGAUGUUUUUUGCAAUCAUAAUUCUUGAGACAAAGUUUCUAUCUGCUACAGAUAGAAAUGCUACACAGAGUAGCACUUAUCCGCAGAUGGUGUUUGGAUUUCUAAUGAUCUCAUUUGUAGUGAAUUUUAUUUAAAAUAAAUUGUAAUCAGAAACUUUGCUGUUCAUUUUCUGGAAAAAAAAUAUUAUUGUAAAUUUCCUUGCAUAGAUUCUGAAGCCUCACACAUAAGAGUGAUCAUAAUCCUGCAUGAAAAUUCUGAUAACCUCGGAACUAUUAAUUGGUUUCUGUACAAAAAAAAUAAACCUACAUCAGCUGCUGCUCCUGUUUCACGAGACAACUAUUCACUUUGCCUGUACCUCCCAAAAUACAGCAAUGCAUUGUGUUAUGCAGAUCACGCUCUUCAGUUUUGAAGGUUUGGAUGCUCAACUUUUAAUUUAUUAAUUAUAAAAAAUUGAAAAGCAUUAUACUUUUUUUUUAUUGAGUCUCUUACUAAAAUAAACUAUGCUUCACAGGGCUUGCA